AUGAAACACGAAAACUGAGUGUGUUUAAAUUGCAUAUUCAACAUUCAUUGCAUAUAAUCAAAAUCAAAAGAAGUAAGUUAAAUUAUAAGACUUGCUAAGAAAUAUACAAAAUGCCAGAAACUCAACACUGGAGUUAUGAUUUAAUAAAAUCGGCGAUAAGCGAGAAACAAGUAAAUUCAAUUGAUAUAGAGAACUUCAAGAGGCUAUUCAAAGAUGAAAUCCAAUCCUCAAGACGCUAUGCCAACAUAAAAACGCUUAACGAUCUCCUGGAUUGCUUGGAACGAAGAGACAGUCUUUCUGAAUAUAACAUCGAUCCUCUGCGUACACUUUCUGAAUUUUUUGCUGAUGAUGAAAUCGAUAUUGCUUUAGAGAAGUAUCAGAAGCCAGUGGAUUCAAAUGAUCUACAAAAUAAAUAUGCUCUUCAAAGGAACCUCGAGAAAAUUGCCAUCAAAAGUGAUUUCAAGGAAAUACCUCGUCCACCUCCACAAAUGGAACAAAAAUCUAUAGUUAUCAUAGAAUUUACCCAAAAGAAACGGGAUGACAUCUAUAAACUUAUUGUUCGUGAUAUUGGAAGGGAUUGGCGUUUCUUUGGUCGUGAGUUGUCUAUCCGCGCUGGAGAUUUGGAUAGGAUCGAUGCAAAGCAUCCCAACGAUCUACAUGCAAAGGUAUAUGAAGUUUUUAGCAUUUUCGAAACCGAUCCAAGUAACAAUCCUAGAGAGCAUUAUAAUAUUAUCUGCGAAGCAUUGGACAAUUGCAGAAGAAAAGAUAUUCGAAGAUUAGUUCAAAAAGUAAUGAGCUAUUAGAAGUUAUCUCUUUUAAGUAACAAAACCAAAGUGAUAUAAUUUAUAUAAUAAAACGUAACGAAACAUAGUUUUUGUAUUUAUUUGCAAUUUGCAUUUUGUACAUAGUAAAAAUUUAAAAAUAAAUAUAAAAAUAUUUGUACCUAUAA